UUUCGCAUGCCACUUCCUCCUCUCUCUCUCUCUCACGCUUUAUUCACCGAUCUCAAAACUUAACCUAGCGAUCCCUGGCCUCCUUUGAAGCAAGAGAUUUGGUGAGAAGCGGAGCAGAUCGAGCUUCAUUGACGACAUGACCGAGGAGGACGAGGAGGAGGAAGAGGAGGACGACGACGAUGAUGAAUACGGCCCCUAUCGUGGCGGCGGCGGCGGGAGUCGUAAGCGGAGCAAGAAGAGGCCCUUCGGUGGAUUUUCUUGAUCUCGAAGCGGUGGUCGAUUCAGAUGAGGAGGACAUUGGCGGUGAAGCUGUUGGUCGAGUUGUGAUUGGUCUUUUUGGUGAGGUUGUUCCUAAAACAGUAGAGAAUUUCCGAGCUCUGUGCACAGGAGAGAAAGGAUAUGGUUAUAAAAGAUGCUCGUUCCACCGCAUCAUUAAGGAUUUUAUGAUCCAAGGAGGGGAUUUCACUGAAGGAGAUGGAACUGGAGGGAUCAGUAUCUAUGGUUCCAAAUUUGAUGAUGAGAGCUUUGCUUUGAAGCAUGUUGGGCCUGGUGUAUUGAGCAUGGCUAAUGCAGGCCCUGGUACUAAUGGGAGUCAGUUUUUAAUCGGCACAGUAAAGAGUUUUACACUAUUGGUUUCAAUGGCUUACAAGUUUUUGCUGCCAGGUUGACUGAUCAGCAAGCUUUCCAAAUUUCAAAGAUGCCUGGAGUUGUUUCGGUUUUUCCCAACUCGAAAAGGAGUUUGCACACCACUCAUUCUUGGGAUUUCAUGGGUCUUUUGGGUGAACAGACCUUGGAGGUUUCCGGCUUUAACAUCAAGAAUUAAGUAAAUGUCAUUGUCGGUUUCAUUGAUACUGUGAAUGCAGGAAUUUAGCCUGAAUCUCCAAGUUUUAAUGAUGACAACAUGCCUCCAGUGCCAGCUAGAUGGAAGGGGGUUUGUCAAUCAGGAGAGGCAUUCAAUGCUUCAACUUGCAACAGAAAAGUGAUUGGGGCUACUAUAAGUCCGGUUAUGAAGCCGAGGAAGAUUCAGCGGACACAGUGGCAUUCAGUUCUCCAAGGGACAGUGCCGGUCAUGGCAGCCACACAGCCUCUAUAGCUGCUGGUCGUUAUGUGUCAAACAUGACUUAUAAGGGCUGUAGCCACCUUUGGUUGAUUUAACAGAAAUCCAAAUUCUUACAAGUUGUUUUAAAUGUCAUCUUACUUUUCCUUUUCCUUUAUAAUGUUGAACAAUGAUCUUGGAUCUACAGCUCAAGGCAUGGCUUGAGGAUGGAAAAGAUAUCCGUCUAGGGGACUGGAAAGCUGCUGAUGUCGAGAUCCUGAAUACCUUUCAAUUGCUAACAGCUAAGCCUGUUGUUUACUUGGUGAAAUGCUGGCAAAUUAGGCGGCUUUCAAAGGCUCCUCAAGCUGCAGGGACCAUCCAUACUGAUUUUGAGAGAGGAUUCAUUUGUGCUGAGGACUCUUAUGAGUAUCUAUUUAAAGAGCUGAGCAAGUACAAAUGGAUCAUUCUCAGGCUAUAAUUAAAGAGUCGGUGUAUGAAAAGCAAUUGGAUAGGCAAGGAAUGGAUGACUUGAUGAAGCAAGAUGAGCUAGAAGUUGAAAGAAAGUUGAGAAAGCUUUGGCUGAUCUUUGUUUUUUAACAACCUUUGGUUGGUCUGAGAAUUGUGAUUGUUGGUUGGUUAUAGAUGUGAUGGGUUUCAUAAUAUUUUUCAAUUUAUGAUAUUUGCUGCAGAUGGUACUAGCUUUGGUGUGCAAUUCACACCAUUUUUUUUUUUAUAAAUGAAAUAUUCUUUUGCG